AUGUCUGAUACAAAAGAAGCAAGUGCUUCUGCACCCAUGAAAUAUCAGAGAGUCGCAUCGCAACCUGAAAAUCCAUUUUCACAGCUUAUCUCGAAACAAGAAAUCGCUAUCAUCCCUUCAUUCACCCUUGAAUCGGGCGACACCCUAUAUAAUGCCCCGGUUGCAUAUACUGUCCGAGGGCAGCUCUCUCCAAACGGCGAUAAUGCUCUAGUUAUCUGUCAUGCACUGAGCGGAAGUGCUGACGUUGCGGACUGGUGGGGCCCGCUUCUUGGAAAACAGGGUCAGGCAUUCGAUAUUACUCGCUUCUACGUGGUUUGCUUGAACAGCUUGGGUAGCCCUUAUGGGAGUGCCAGUGCCGUCACGUAUAGAGAUGGUGACUCUACAAAAGGCCGAUAUGGACCCGAAUUUCCCCUGACCACUAUCCGGGAUGAUGUGAGAAUUCAUAAGUUAGUUCUGGAUGACUUGGGCGUCAAACAAAUUGCGGCCGUUGUCGGCGGAUCCAUGGGAGGAAUGCUCACCCUCGAAUACGCUUACUUUGGAAAAGACUACGUUCGAGCCAUCGUUCCCAUUGCCACAUCUGCCCGCCACUCUGCAUGGUGCAUCAGCUGGAGUGAAGCCCAGCGCCAAUCUAUCUAUAGCGACCCUAAAUACGAAGACGGUUACUAUUCAUUUGACGACCCACCAGCCACAGGUUUAGGGGCUGCUCGCAUGUCGGCACUUUUGACCUACCGCAGUCGCAAUUCAUUUGAGUCAAGGUUCGGUAGAAAUGUACCAGACCCAUCAAAGCGACAGAACAUCAAUUGUACAACCGGACCUCCAUCGCCCCCAAGUGAGCACUGGGCUAUUCAUAACGACGGCCAUAAAAGCUCCCGCGCUUCCCGUCCGUCUAGUCAGACUGGCUCGCCGAAAAGACCAACGGAGAUUGAGUUUACUGACCCUCAGUUCAACGGCACUACUACAUUUACCGCACAACUGCCAACACCUAAACAUUCUCGUCCGUCAACCUACUUCUCCGCCCAGUCUUACCUUAGAUACCAGGGAGAGAAAUUUGUCAAACGAUUCGAUAGUAAUUGCUAUAUUGCAAUAACCCGAAAGCUUGAUACACAUGACGUCUCUCGCCAUCGCGCAAGCCCCGAUUCACCUUCCCCAGUAAAAGAUGCUUUGUCCCAAAUUGAGCAGCCUGCCCUGGUCAUGGGAAUUGAAAGCGACGGUUUAUUCACAUUCGAGGAACAACAGGAAAUUGCUGCAGGUAUUCCGGAUUCUCGAUUGAAGAAAAUUGAUAGCCCUGAAGGUCAUGACGCGUUCCUUCUCCAGUUCCAACAGGUUAAUACAUACAUUUUGGAAUUUUUCAGAGAGGUAUUGCCGGAUAUCAUGUCGAAACCCGGUGAAUCUGGCGAUGCUAGCGCAGACAGUGUAGGGGAGUUGACAAAAAGCAGCACUUUUGGUGAAGCCGAAGUCGACGACAUUACAGCUUGGUGAAUUCUCGGCAAUCUUAAAUUAUUAGACGGGUCUAUAAGGGGCAUCUCUACCAACUAACCACCGCACCAACAUGCGGACGGAAGCUUCAACAACUUCAGUAACAGACAGAGAUCUUUCUCUGAGGAAGGAAAAUACUUAUACAACAUUAUUAUUGCAUUUCUCAAGAAAUUGAAUUGAAGAUAGGUGGUUCUCCCUCAACUCAUGAGGACGACAGACGAGCAUCCAACUGCAUCUCUUGCUCCAAAUUGCGGGCACCUAUCGCGAAAGAAGCAUCCAACUGCCUUCUAUUUGAUGGCUUAUUAUUUUUAUAUACAGGUCUAUCUUGAAUUUAUCUUGAAUAAAGAUAUGACUUGCACCC